AUGUCCACUUUCAUAAGGGGUCCCAUCUGCGGUGCAGACAACUGUCCGUCACGGCUUUGGCGUAUCAUCAAUGGGAGAAGAACCUGUCAAUAUGGCCAUGUCAUGGAAGGGGACGUGGAGUUCAAUGACGAUGAAGACGAUCUCACCGGUCUAAGCGCAGGUGUUAUCACGAGACGUCUGAACCUCACCACUAACGCCACUGGUAGUUUCCAAUCCAGCCAACUCUCAAAUUCGCAAUUGUUGCAGCAGCAGCAAAGACGAUCUCAUAAGAAAUUCAAGAAACUCAUCGGUCACGACGCCAAACUACUAUUUCUCAAAUCCUUCCAGUUUAUCCUGAAAAGGCAGACCUGCUGCCUCAUUGAAGACAUGCAGUUCCCGGAGGAGUUCGACCACGUCGUGAAGAUAAUAUGGCUGAAAAUACUCAAGACAAUCAACGAUCAACCGCAAGAGGAGUUGAGACUCCGAUUGCACAUGACAUCGACGAUUUCCAUCCUAUACCUCGCAUCCACACAUCUGUCCCUACCAGUCUACACUUGUGAUUAUAUCAAAUGGAUAUGUAGCGCCAAGAUGCCGUAUUUCCAGGCAAGUGAACUACUGCCGAAAGCAUGGCGAACCCGCCUGCCGAAUUACUAUGUCUCCAUAUUGGAAGGUUCGAUUUCCCCCUUUGACGGCCAGUUGUACAACAAAAUCGCUUUGACGUGUGGUACGAUCCAAUUCAACCAGUCUUUCAACUCUGAGAUUUCAUGCCAAGGUUUACUAUUGAAACUGGUGAUGCAAUACACUCUCCCCCCACAGUUUUACUUUUUUACAAAGCAAAUGAUCGAAUUCGAAGAGACCGAUAUUCAGAACCUGGCGCUAUGGGAAAGGACGGACGAACGCCACACGGGAGCAAUAAGCAAUCACGCUGAACUCAGAGUCAUUUCAUAUUUCAUGCUCACAAUAUAUUGGGUUCUUUUAUGUGAUAUGGACCGUCAAUAUCCACUAAAAUGGGUCCUCACACUCACGGAUUCAUUAACUUUUCAUACAGCAACGAGAGAGUCUAUUGACAGAAACAUCGUUAGCGUGGUCUACCCAGAUAAACCGACUUCUAAUGACUACUUUCGGUGGUCUGAUGACGAAACCCUAGAGUUCUUGAACUGGAUGGACAAGAAGUUCUUGCCUACACAAAAAAAGUCUUUGCAUAACGAAAGUGGUUCGGAUGAUAUGACCAUUGAUCAAAAAAUUGCCAGAAGGAAAUUGUACAAGAUUUUCCCCUUGGACAGCGAUACUAAUGAUAAUGGUGAAGCCAAGGACUCAGAUCAUCGGUUGACCUUCAUCGAAGAAUUACAAGAAAGAUACGCGAAACAAACGCCUUUUCUCAACAACAAUAAAACAUUGCCUUUCACUACCCGUCAAGAUGCCAAUCUACCGGCCAGAAAGGAUGCCAUCCAUAGGCUUCUGACCAAAAUUGCAUCACAACUUUCAACGGACUUUGCCAUAUCUGAGCAACAACUGAAAGACUGUGUUUUUAGGAUCAAAAAAGCUUGCAUACAUAGAAUGAAUUAA